AUCGUGUGCCGCUUCCUGCGCCAGAGACCCGGAUUCUUGCAAAACCUGGUACUACAACGCACAAGAAGAAACCUGUCGCAUUCAAACUGCUGUGACUGAAACUCACCAAAGCCAAGACGGCUCGUCUCAUGAUCAGACAUCGUGGAAACAAUGGCGCUUAGUGCACCCCAAGCCUGAAGAAAAAGGAGUUUCUUGCAGAGUUCCAUUUGUGAAAGAUUUGGCGUCAGUUGUAGGGCAAAUUAUGAAGUAUGACGGAACCGUUCUGUGCAAGCCCGACUUCUGCUUCUUCGAGACGGAACAGGCAACAGAAUGCAAAACAAAUGGUUGUGGUGAAUGUAAGCAGAUUGAAUGGAGAAACAUGACUGAAUCGUUCGUUGUGAAGCUACCUGCGCCACUUCAUCCUGGAUGGAACAUGACCUGGAGAGCAACUCAGCAAGUAAUAGGAAAUGGAAGACUGGCGAUAAUGUUUGGCGAGCACCUGAGAAUGGAGAUUAUGUUUCAAAAUGCGCUGGACUACAGUGUCAGCCUCCAUGUUCUAGACGAUGGAAGCAUGGCCAACAAAGUGAACAUUACAGGAAAACUAAAACAAGGGGACACGCUUGAAGUUAACGUUGCCAUGGCAUAUAAUCUCUUCCAGGUUAUGGUGAAAGGCAACCCAAGGAAACCUACGUUCGACGGCACCGAGUUCUCACUUAUUUCUAAACGUCUAACUGAAGUUUCUUUUUCCGGCUCUAUCCCUACUAAGAGUCUGAAAGUUAUGUAUUAAUUUAAACUUUGAAAAAUAAUCCCAGCAAGGCACGCCAUAUUGAAUUUUAACAACACCUUUCGUCAUCACUGUCGUUGGAGCGGUUCAUCAGAAUUAAAGUUUAGCAGAGACGUCAGUUUGGAUUUUGAAUACAGUAGACAAAAAGAAUCAAGACAAAAUAAUAAGAUCUACUACAACUAUCUACAACGUGAACAAGCUCAUUUACUUAGGGUUUUUUUAAAUUCUUUCUUCAAAUAACUAUACAAAGCAAAAAAACCUCUUUACUUGUUGUUGCUUGUUGUUCUUCAAAUAUCUAGACAAAGUCAAAAGGCUCUUUUUUUUUUCCUUCCUUCAAAAAACUAGACAAAACUAGACAAAGACAAAAGGCUCAUUUAUUUGUCGGUUUUCUUUUUUCAAAGAACAAGACAAAGUCAAAAUGCUGAUUUACGGUUUUUUCUUUCUUCAAGGAACUAGACGCAGUCAAAAGAUAUUUACUUGUUUGUUUGUUUUUCUUUUGUCAAACAACUAGACAACGUCAAAAGACCCAUUUACUUAGGGUUUUUUCUUCAUAGAUCUAGACAAAGUUAAAAGGCUAAUUUACUUGUUUUCUUUCUUCAGAGAACUAGACAAAGUCAAAACAUUUAUUUACUUGUUGUUAGCUUUUUUUCAAAGAUCUACAACAGUAAAAAUGCUAAUUUAUUUUGGUGCUUGGAUUAUUUUCUUUCUUAAAGAACUAUAUAAAGUCAAAAAGGUUCAUUUACUUUUUUUUCUUCAAAGAACUAGACAAAAUGAAAGGGUUCAUUUACUAAUCAAAAGGCUUAUUUACUCAGUCUUUUUCUUUUUUUUAAAAGGACUAGACAAAGUAAAAACGCUCCUUUACUUUUUGUCUUUCUUCAAAGAGCUAGACAAAGUCAAAAGACUAAUUUACUUUCUUUUUCUUUCUUAAAAACUAGACAAAGUGGUUUUAUUCCACUAAUAGACAAACGAAAACGACAUAAGCUCUGUAAAAUGUAUACACUUGUCAAUGAUGGUACACCAACGUACUUAGCACUUUUUUGUUUAUCAAGAUCUAAUAUUAGAACACGUGGCUUAAGGAAUAAAAAACACUAACAACAGUAGCUAGUCGUAUAAAAGUAUACUCUGAUUUUUUUUAUGGAAUAAGGUUGUAGAAUGCAUUAAAUGUCAAAGUACGGAAAGCUGUAUCAUUGACAUCUUUAACAAAUCAAUUAAAGAAAUCGGACAACGCUAUUCCUAGAUAUGUUUAUCUGGGUUCUAGACUUGAGCAGAUACUCCACUGUAAACUUCGCCUAGACAUCAAUGACCUUAAUGGCCAUAAAUUAUUUCGAUAUAUUGCAGAUGAUCCGGUUGACCAAUCCCAUUUAGUUUUGACAAAAUAAAUAUUGUUUAAAUCAACCAGACAAAGUUAAAAGACCCAUCUACGUUUUUCUCUCUUUCUUUCAUUGUGCUUUUUCCUUUCGGGUGGCAACAGUUUUUGUUCUUCUUAAUAGCAUAAAUCGUACAACAUUUUCUGCAGUGUUGGUCUUGUUAAAAACGUAUUGUAUGGUACAUAUCGUAUAGCACAAUCGAUAGUCCAUACCAGGUAAGUCUCAAAAGUCUUAAAACAUGCAUAUACAGCGAAAGGUAGGUCUCAAAACUCUUAACAAAUACAUGUACAGUGAAAGGUAGGUCUCAAAACACUUAACAAAUACAUGUACAGUGAAAGGUAGGUCUCAAAACUCUUGAAACAUGCAUAUACAGCGAAAGGUAGGUCUCAAAACUCUUGAAACAUGCAUAUACAGCGAAAGGUAGGUCUCAAAACUCUUGAAACAUGCAUAUACAGCGAAAGGUAGGUCUCAAAACUCUUGAAACAUGCAUAUACAGUGAAAGGUAGGUCUCAAAACUCUUGAAACAUGCAUAUACAGCGAAAGGUAGGUCUCAAAACUCUUGAAACAUGCAUAUACAGCGAAAGGUAGGUCUCAAAACUCUUGAAACAUGCAUAUACAGCGAAAGGUAGGUCUCAAAACUCUUGAAACAUGCAUAUACAGCGAAAGGUAGGUCUCAAAACUCUUGAAACAUGCAUAUACAGUGAAAGGUAGGUCUCAAAACUCUUGAAACAUGCAUAUACAGCGAAAGGUAGGUCUCAAAACUCUUAAAACAUGCAUAUACAGCGAAAGGUAGGUCUCAAAACUCUUAAAACAUGCAUAUACAGCGAAAGGUAUGCAUAUCCUGUCCCAUCGGUAGCACCCGCCAUGACCAUAAGUCACAGUCUGAGUAGCUUGUGUUCCUAGGAAUUUAAGUCCGCCGCAAAGCGUCCCCCGUCGAUUGGUACAUUGGACUAUUUCUCGUUCCAGCCUGCACCACGAAUGGUACACAAAAAACCUUGCUAUGUGCUGUCUUGCCUGAGGGAUGGCCCAUAUUAAAGAUUCUUUCUUACAAGCUGUGCACCCUAACGGCCUUAACGAGGCCACUCACGUGGACAUGUAGAUCGGAAAUUAAAAUUUUAGACCUUCGU